AUGCUGCCCAGCAAGCCGAUGCCUUACUGCCUUCUGCCAAUGCUAGCCAGCUGUCCUCUGGCGCCUAGCUCCCCCAUGGCGUCGCCCAACUCCAAUGCCCAACUCCUCCAUGGCAUCGCCUUCUCCACUGGCCAUAGCGCCACCCAUGGCUUUGCCGUGGCAUCGUCUGUGGCCUUGCCCACGGCUUCGCCCAUGGUACCCCUUUGUGUCAUUUUCCCUCUGGGAUCUAUGUUUUUUCUCUUUGUCAACCUCUCCCUAUUGCUUGAGGAACAAAAGGAAGACACCCCCAAGCUCAAAUAUGGGUUUUGA